AUGGCAACUAAAUAAAAUACUAUUCAAAGUCAUUUAAAUCAUAUCUAUUCAGUACAAGAUCGAAUUUAUUUUGGUUAUUUGUUAGACCAUUCGAUCACUAUUUAAAAUAAAUUAAUAAAAUUGAUAAGGAGCAGCUCAAAGCUAUCAUUCUAAUGAUAAAUUACUAUAACUACCUAUUGGAAAACUAAACUCCUGUCUUUCUCUCAUAUCUGUUCAUUAGGAGGUACCAAAAUCACCUUCAACAACACAUAGAGGCAUAUUUUUAACAAAAGAAAUGAGAAAUUUACAAUCAGUUUAUGAUAAUUACACAAGAACUGCAAGUGUUUAAUCUUCGAGACCCUUUCUUUCAUCAAAAAGCUAGAAAUUAAGCUUUAUCUUUACAAGCAGAAUUAAAAUGAAUAAACAAGAGAAAUACUUUAUUGAAAACAUGUAAAAAUGUAAUGAGGGAUUACAAACAUAUAUUGAAAAUAUGCAUAGUUAAUUAUCUUAAAAAACGGAUGAUGUUGAAAAAAUAAUUAAAUUUUAUGAUCAAAUUUAAUAUCCUACUCCAAAAAGCAGAGCAUUUGAGUCUAAGACUUUUUCAUAAAGAAUAAGUCAUCCUUUAUAAUUAAUUUUAGAAAAGGAAUAAUUGAAAAAUAAAUUUUAACCGAGAAAUCACUUUUCUGAUGAAUAAAAUUGGUUGGAAAGCAUUCCUUUGCUUACUGAAAUGAAUAUACCUGAAAUUUAAACAAAAUAAAGCUAAAUCGAGCUUAAUUGUAUGUUUUUUAUUCAUUUUUUAAAGUACUUCAAUUAUUAACUGCUAUAACAUAAAAAAAAAACAAAAGCAAGUUAACUAAAGGAAUCUCAUAUGAGUUUUAUAGAUAAGAAAUUGAAAACAUAUAAGAAUAAUUUGUAUAUAUGGCCAAAGGAAUAUUUAAAAUAAUAGAUUCGAGAUGUUCUGGAUUUUUGGAUUGGCAAAAUUUUUAUUUUUGAUGAGUUCAGUUUAGGCUAAAACAAAAGAAGAACGGAUUGAUUUAUUUAUAAAAAUAGCAGAUAUGAUAUGGAUAGAAAUGAUAAACUCUCUUAUCCUGAAGUUUAAAAAUUAAGUCUUUAAACUACGAGUAAGAUAGUCAAAACAUAAGAUUUCAAUUUCUAAAUGAUAUAUCAGAAUUUUUACUAGAG